AUGCCUCCGCACCGAAAAAGGGGCAGACCACCAAACGCGUUUUACGAACAGCGGGGACUUACUCCUCCAUCACGUCAGUCACAUAAUAAAGAACAGCCCCCUCCGCCUCGUCGCGAGCCGCCGCCUCCCGUUAACAUAUUUUCGCACCCUAUAUACAGUCUCCCUAUUCCUCCGCCCAAUUCUGUGGAAUCACAGCUUUUGAACGACGAGGUGGACGUUUUCUCGUUUCGACAGUCUGCAGCAUUUAAGUUCAAGCUGAACAACGAAUUGUUGGAGAACGUGCUGAGCAAGUUUGUGCCGUUUACUAAGAUCGUUCCUCCGUCAUCGUUUCCCGUGUGUCUCGUAAACGGCAAACCCAUUGACGGCGAAAACGUGUCUUCGGAAGAAGAGAUUAAGCAGAGUUUGGAAAAACCCACGGCUGCAGACAGCCAUUGCGGAAACUUGAGGGUCAUGAAGCUGAAACAGGAGCAUCAGAGGAAACUUAUUGAUCAACUAGAGUCGGAAACCAUCAAUGAGAACAUUGACGAGAGGUUUGCUUACGAAACGGAGAAAAUCAAUCUAUUAUUUGAUACUUUCCAGGACUACGACGUGACAAAGCUGGACCAGUUUGAACGUAUGGUGGAUAGUAUAACAGCCGAGCUUGAGGCCAAAUUCAACAUGAAAAUUCAGAAUGACGAAUUGUUCAGAAAAUAUCGGCUAGAUUUUGAGCAGCGCAAGUGCACCUUGGAGGAAUACCGUCAAGCAAGCGAAUCGAUCCUCAGGCGCAGAAAGGAGGCGGAGGACCGCAAGCUACGGCUAGAACAAGAACUUGCCGAAAAGAAGAGGCAAGAAGAGGAAUUAAUGCACAAACAGCGUCAAGAGGAAGAGCAGCGCAGAGCGCUGGAAGCUCAGAACACACGCAGUGAGGAGACUUCUGCAAUGCCCGUUCCCAAUGCUAACCCGGCACAGCAGGAAAUGCUGGCGGAAGCUCAUUUCGACGAUCCCUUCGCCGCGGGUGCCCAGAACGGCAAUUUCGAGUUUGACAAUAACCUAUUGUACGCCGGUUCGGACGAUUUAAUUAUUGACGACGAUGGUGCAUUUGGAGCUCUUGACGGCCAGGUGUUCCUCGACAAUUUCCAUGGAAACUUGGAAUGAGUGUAUUAUAGUCUAUAAAAUUGAUUGAGUAAUCGUUUUAGGUGCCAAAAACCUGGUUCCAACGUUUUAUGACCCUGCCAGUUGCGAAACCCACAGUAACUAGUGACAGUAUAAUGUUCAUCGCGAUUAAUAUGAUGCCGUUGAGCAUGAAGCGUGGGGCAAAUAUUUUCCAUACCAUCAAAUGUCUUCUGAAAUGGUUUGUCAUGAUAAGCGUGGAUAAUGUCAGGCAGGUCUGAUAAAUGAGCAAAGUCGAUGAAUUCUCGACAAUUUUAGAAAUCAAUGAGAUCGCCUUGCUUGUUGGGGGGAUUUUCCACAGACACAUCAGCGCAACGCAUAAACAGACGACAAUGAAUGGCCCUAGAGUGUCCAUCAAAAUACAGAGAUGAGUGAAAGGGAACACAAUCGAUUCAGUGACAAUGAAACCUGUGUCCCAAUGGAUAGCUUGCAAAGUUGCUUGGUGUCCUGUGGUGAAGAAAUGCAGAUAUCCCAACAGGCCCAUAGCGACGACAGAGAUGAGGUUGGUCCGGAUGUUGAGUAUGUCGAUCAGCUCCAAGAGCGUCAAAAUUUGGUUCACCAGUAGCGCGAGCGAAGCAAUCCCGAGUGGUUUGUUGACUAGCAACACUGCACACAGAAUAUUGAUCACGAAUAAAAAGUAGGCGGACCCGUAAACGUUACCGUAUCCAAUGAUGUUUGCGGUCUUCAAUACUUGCUGAUUGUCUGUGUUCGACUUCAAAUCAAUUUUGAUGCAGAGAGGACCCAAAAACCAGCCAAAGUUACUAGCGACUAGUGAAAUUCCCAUCACAAUACGUGCGAUCGUGAGCCUUGUUACCUUGAAGGCCUCAAACGGAAUUUGAAAUUGGGCAUUGAAAUAGUCGCUGUUUUCAAUAUAUUCCAAGGUCCACAUCGAGCCAAUCAAUAGCAUCAUGCUCUUCAAACCAGUGGAAAUCCAGAGCGGAGCGGCACCAUGGAACGAGUGUGUGAUAUCGAAGAAUUUCUCAAUCAUCUUCGGAAGCAACAGGGCAAAAGUGUAGAUGAGACCAACAGACCACCAAGUCACUUCAAAAUUGCUUGAACACUUGGAGCCCUGUUCUUCACGACAGAACCUAAUACCUGAAGUGAUUCUAGUGAGCAAAAUGAACACAACCGAAUGGUAGGCUCCAAGAAGCUGCUUGUGUGAAUCUUUAUGCUUGAAGGAUUUGAAAAAUGCACAAAAUCCGAACGAGGUGAGCCAGAACGCCACAAUCUUGUCUUCCCAGAUCACGAAUGAGUUGGAAGUAAAGAUAAGCGAGUGCAUGAAAACCACAGAUAACGCUAAAUAUGUCCACCCGUUUUGUAUGAGGUUUUCUCUCACUUGUGCUAAAAGCCAGGGGACCGAGUACCGAUCAAUGAUAGGCGCCAGAAUCCCAUUAAUUAUUCCAAGAGAAAUUCCCAGUAAAAUGGACCACAUUAUAUUAAGGUUUUCAGGCUUGAAUAUUGUGGUGAAGGAAAUGACCAGCAAUGAAUGAACUAGAGUCAUAGCCGCUGAUGUAGCAAUAAAUUGUGGAUUAAGCUGCGUAAUAACCACCAAUGGAACUAGCUUUGCGUAAAUAAUCAAGAGUAGAAGAGAAACGGUGACAAGAAUGAUACCAAUGGUAAUAGAAACAUUGUCAAAGGUCGCCCACAAGGACUUACACUUCUCCAAUGAAAGAGAUUGAUAUUCAAAGCAUUGCUGGUUGAAUUUUAUAAGGCUUGGCUGGUCUUUAUUUCCUUGUUGCAAGUGGUGCCAUUGUUCUGAAAGCUUCUCAAAUUUCGAGUUGACGAAUAUGUCAGACGACAGCUGAUCAGAAUGUUGUCUGUAUCUGUGUAUUUGUUGGCAUGUUAGAAAAUUAACUUUCGCUAGCUGAUGCUGAUCUUUCCCAUCCGGCCCAAUAAAAGCCUCCUCUAUUGGUGAACCUAGAUUGUUAUACGGAAUAGGAAGACCCAUCAGCAAAGAUAAUGUGGGAACCAGGUCUAUUUGAUUGACGGCUCUGUAAUUGUUACCCAAUUCGGUGACAUCGUAGUAGUCCUCAGCCAGUCGACCAAAGUAUUUGCGCUUCGAGUACAUGAACAAGGCUGCUUCCAGCUCAUCCUUAGACUCACCUCCAUGGUUUCCUGUAUAAUCCAUUCCGUGGUCCCCAAACACAACAAGAAGCGUGUCAUCAUCUAGCGCUUUUAUAACUUGGUCUAUUAAAGUGUUCAUCUGGUUCAAUUUUUGUUUCAUAGCAUAAUGUCUAGGUCCGUAGCGAUGUCCGCAAUGGUCAACUCCCAAGAAAUGACCAAUAAGAACAUCCCAUUCGUGGCUUCUAUUUUGCAUCAUUGGAAACAGAUGUUCAAUAACACCGUUAUCGACGGUGUGAAGAUCCCAAACAUUGAGAGAUGGAUAUGGAUAAGUCAUAUUUGAGUGAAGAAAAGGCGAAAACAGAGCGGUCCAAGUGUCGUCGCCAACGAAAGCGACAUUUUUGCCAUGAUUGUGUAGCUGAGCCACCCAAUUGUCCUCAUCUAUAGUGUCUCCAUCAAAGUUGGACCCCGCAUCCACAAACGUCGGCAACGAGCCAGUGGUCAGUCCUUUAAGCCUUUGCAAAGUGGUUGUUGGGGGAUCUGCAAUGAACUUGAGCAGAAGAGAGUUACGCGGAUGCCUCACAAAGUAAUCAUGCAGGAUUGGAAAAUUGUUGUGAUAGUAUGGAUCGGCAUGUUCUCCUUCCACAGGUAUCACAAAGUCAAAUCGUAGGGCGUCGAUAAGAAGAACGACGGUUUUCUUGAAGGGUGAAAAUCGUUGGCAGGUUUCGCUCUCCUGUUGCUCAAAACAUGUCGCCUGAUUCUGCAAGACCUGUCUGGAUAAGAGGAACCCUUUUGUAAAAAAUGCAAUUCCGAUGAUCUGUAGAAUCGCAAAAAGAACCAUCACUUUAACGUAUUGUCCAUGUGACGUCUUGAUCUUGCGAUUUCGAUAUUCUUGUCGCUCGUCCAUAUAUCGGAGAUAUUGCUGUUGUUGGUCCACUUGGCUAUUGGGAACAAAAGGAAACUCUUCCUGGUCUUCCGGGCUAUCUAUUUUGUCCAUCUUGGUAUCUGAUGAUGUGUAUAUUAUGUGAUGAAUAAUUUGCUUGGUUAUACAACGAACCAGUCUAACAGUUAUGUUGCAAUUUGU